GCAGAGUGUUUCAAUUGAUACGCGUGUGCCGAAUGGAAGAUAUAAAGCAUGGAGUGAUAGCCACCGCUGAUGUGGAUGGAUUCUAUCAGCAAGCAAAGACACAAUCCACCAAAAUCAAAAACUACAAGGAAUCGAAUCAAAGAAUAAGAAACAACACAUGGCGCCUGUUACCGUUCUCAUCAUUGGCUGUGGCGUGGCUGGCCCGGUCCUCGCAGUCCUCCUGAAAAGAAAAGGAUACACUCCGAUUGUAUUUGAGAAAGUGAAGCAGUUGGGCGAUGUUGGGGCGUCGCUGAUGUUGAUGCCGAACGGAUUGAAAGUGUUGAACUUGGUCGACAUCACCGCAGAGAUCGAGAAGGAAGCGCUACCGCUGCAAGGAUUUCUCGACUGCUCAUCCGAUGGUGAAGUUCUCGGCUUCUCCGAAGAGCCCAAGUCGUUCAAGGAGAAAUACGGGCAGCAUGCAAUGGGAGUCAAGCGCACAGGGUUGAACCUGAAACUGAAGGACAUGCUGAUUGACAUGGGCAUCGACUUGCGCGAAGGCUGGGAAUUGGAGGACAUUGAGGAGAACGAGGACGCCGUCACGGCACAUUUCAAGGGUGGCCGAAGCGUGACAGGCACCUUCCUCAUCGGCUGCGAUGGCAUCAAGGCGGCCUCCAGGAGAAUCCUACUGAAGAACAAGGGCACUGGUGAAGGACUGCCCUUGUUCAGCGGACUUACACAGACCGCUGGGCUCUCUUCGACACCACAGGCGAUGAAAGGCAAAGCAUACAUGCAGAACUUCUACGGUGAAGGAGUCCACAUGAUCACAUACCCAGUCUCCCCCGACGUCACAUCCUGGGCAUUGACACUACCUGAAGAGACCGGCUCCGAGGCCUCGUGGGGUCUGAUCACGGCAGACGAGAUGGACGAGCGGAAGCAGAAAUUGCUGGCUCACCUCGAGCUUUGGCACGACCAGUCUCCGGCGGCACUGAUCCAGUCAGCCGCUCGAAUGAUCAAAUUUGGGCUGUUUGAUCGAGACGAGAUGAGGCCCGAUCAAUGGCAUACGAAGCGCAGCGUGUGUGUAGGAGACGCCGCGCACCCGACAAGCCCCCACCUUGGACAGGGGGCUAACCAGGCAUUGGAAGACUGCUAUCACCUCAGCCAUGCAUUGCCAGAGUUGGUUCCCGACGAAGAUGACAACCAACGAGUCCUCGACGAACUGAAUGAGAACCUGCCAGCAAUCUUUGAGGCGUAUGCAGAAAAGAGGCAACCUCGCACUUCAGCCUUGGUCAAAGGGGCACGAACUCAGGGACAGAUGAGAGUCGUGACGGCCGGGCCACAAGCGUGCAAGGAGAGAAACAAGAAGGUCGCUGCUGCCUGGAGGGAUACUGCGGCGGUAGCAGCCAAGUACGAGGCACUUUGCCGAGAGCCAUUUCAACAACAGGCAGCUUGAGACCGGGAUGGGUGUAUAGUAUAGAGGUGUUGGUAACUUGUGUCAUGAUUGUACAUUAGGAGAGGACAUUUUGUUGAAAUCUGGAUUGCAAAAGUCUAGUUCCACAACUAACGC